CCGGGCGCAGUGACGUCGCUGGGGGCGUGGUGUCACGCGUUACCGUGCGUUGUUGGAGCACGUACACGCGCGAAGGGUGUCGGGGUUUGAUCUCGCGGACUCCGUUCCCUGACUGACUGCUGCGUCACUGCUGGUGUGACGUCGCCGCCACGACGCCAUAAUCUACCCUCUCCGCAACCCGAGGGUGACCGCAACAUCGUGUCCGUAUAGUCACACGGGGCCCGGGGCUCCUCCUGCGUCCGGGCGUCUCGCCGGCUCUGACUGAGAAUACUAAAACAAUACAAAAUUGUUAAUUGCAGCAUAUCACUUCCUGUACCAAAGAAAUGGUGAUGGAGAAGCCAAGUCCCCUGCUUGUAGGGCGGGAGUUCGUCAGACAAUACUACACUCUUCUAAAUAAAGCACCAGACUUUUUGCACAGGUUUUAUGGAAGGAAUUCUUCUUAUGUGCAUGGGGGGCUGGAUCCCAGUGGAAAACCACAAGAAGCUGUGUAUGGUCAGGCGGAGAUUCAUAAGAAGGUGAUGUCCCUUCAGUUCAGUGAAUGUCGCACCAAAAUUCGACAUGUAGAUGCACAUGCUACAUUGAGUGAUGGAGUAGUUGUCCAAGUCAUGGGUGAACUAUCAAAUAAUGGCCAGCCAAUGAGAAAGUUCAUGCAGACCUUUGUUCUUGCUCCAGAAGGAUCUGUUCCAAAUAAAUUCUAUGUUCACAAUGACAUAUUUCGCUAUGAGGAUGAAGUCUUUGGUGACUCUGAAGCAGAAAUGGAUGAAGAAUCUGAGGAAGAAGUGGAAGAGGAGCAAGAGGAGAGACAGCCAUCUCCUGAACCCGUGCAAGAGAACUCAAACAAUGCUUAUUAUGACUCCCAUCCAGUGUCUAAUGGUGUAGAGGAGUCUUUGGAGGAGCCCAUUAAUGAACCUGAGCCAGAGCCAGAACCAGAACUAAAGAGUGAGGAAAUGAAACCUGAGCCAGAAGAAAAGAACAUUGAAGAACUUGAGGAAAAAUCCCCCACGCCACCUCCUGUUGAGCCCAUUGUUCUCCCACAAGAACCACCCAAGGCUUUCUCGUGGGCUUCAGUGACCAGUAAAAAUCUGCCUCCCAGUGGUACUGUCCCAUCAUCAGGAAUUCCACCCCAUGUAAUAAAAGCUCCUGCCUCACAGACCAGACCUGAAAGUAAGCAAGAAACUCAAGUUCCGCCACCUCGUACACGGGAACAGCGCCCACGGGAGCGUCCAACCUUUCAGCCAAGGGGACCCAGAACAGGACGAGGUGAAACAGAACAGGGAGAAUCAGACAACCGACGCAUGUUCCGUUAUCCUGACAGUCACCAGCUCUUUGUUGGCAACCUGCCGCAUGAUAUCGACGAGAGUGAAUUAAAAGAGUUUUUCAUGAGCUAUGGAAAUGUAAUGGAACUCCGGAUUAAUACCAAAGGUGUUGGCGGGAAGCUUCCUAACUUCGGUUUUGUUGUUUUUGAUGAUUCCGAACCGGUUCAAAGGAUUUUGCUAGCAAAACCAAUCAUGUUCCGUGGUGAAGUACGUUUGAAUGUGGAAGAAAAGAAAACCAGGGCUGCCCGUGAAAGGGAAACUCGUGGUGGCGAUGAUCGCAGAGAUAUACGUCGCAAUGACCGUGGUGGUGGAGGACCUCGUGGAAUAAUUGGUGGUGGGAUGAUGCGCGAUAGGGAUGGAAGAGGCCCCCCUCCGCGAGGUGGAAUGGCACAAAAGCUGAGCACAGGAAGAGGAGCAGCAUCCAUGGAGGGCCGUUUCACUAGUCAACGUCGCUGAAAAGUCAAUAAGUCAAAUCUACAGUGGUACAUUAUUCGUCGUGUUUGCAUUCUUGUUAAUUUUUAGCUUUGGAAUGUGACACAGCCUUUUUUUUUUUUUUCUUCCCCAUAAUUUCUUUGAUGUGAAAACAUCUUUUUGUUUGCAGUUUUCAAUUGAGGUGAACUUUGUUUUUUUCAGUUCUCAACAGGACUUAAAAUGUUAAUUUAUACAUCCCAAUUUAUGAAAAUAUAAGGACUGAGAUGACCAUUAGCACUGCAAGUAAUUACAAUGACGUUGGAGGCCCAUGCCCUAGUAAAGUUCUCUGUUGCUUCUUGCAAGUAUUACGGUUUCUUCAUUGGAAACAAAAGUAGUGCAAUGCGUGCCUCCUAACCACUUAUACUUUUGGUAUGGAAGGAACUAAUGGUUAUGCACUCGUCAAAAGCAUGAACGGUUUCCUCUUAAUCCGGUUUUAAUAACCCAGAAUAAAAGCUUGUAAAUGAUGGCAUCUGGUAUGUUCUGCCACAAACCGCCUGGUGCAAACCAUAUCAAAAGUUAAUUCUUUGGAAUUUAAUUUUAAUUCUGAACUUAAUCUGAUACUUCAAAAAGUAUGAGCAGAAGUAGUGAAAUGUUUCUUACAUGAAGAAUUUUUGCACUUGCCCAUCUGAGAUACUGAGAUGGCGGGCUGCUCAGCUGACUUCACCCUGCCAAACUACCCCCUUUUUUCCAGCUUUGUACAGUGAAACAGAAUUACAAAUUGUACUCAAUUGUAUUUAGUUCUCUGGUAAUGUAAUAAGCAUGAUGGUGCCUUCUAUGAACACAUCAUUCCAGUCCUUGCUGGUGAUUUUGUACAGUGAAUGAUUUACUGUGCUGCAAAGCCAAAACCGCUUCAGUACAUCCAAGAAUCAUUGAAAAGCCUGCCUAACCAAACUGCAGUAUCCGUACAUCAGUAGAUUUAUUAUUUGUAUUUUUUUGGGGUCUGUUUUGUUAUGGUCCACCAUUACUGUGUUGGUAAUUAUUUACCAAUAGUGGGGGGACUGAAGUAUGUGGGAAAGACACAUUUUCAUGCAUCUGUUCGUAGCCCUUACUGUAUCUCCCUGAAGUGCAUACAAAGUGGAUCAUCUGUACAUGGUGCCCUGCAAACGUCCUGUUGAACAUUUCUGUUAACCUAUUUACAUCCCGUUGAGUUUGGAAGCAGAGGAUGUACUUCAAUGCUCCUACCAGUGAACAGCAGCUCUAAAUGUAUGCACUUUAUAAUCUCAUACAGGGUCAUUUUAUUAGCUAGUAUUUUUGUGUUUUGGGGUCUUUUCACCCUUUUUUUUUUUUUUUAUCCCCCCCCACCCCAACCCCUUCUUGCUUUAUUUCAUACAGACCUCCUCAAGUGGAAUCUCUUGGAAUGCACCAUUUUGGGACAGCCACCUGCCUAUAACCAUACAUUCCAGUAAACUACAAUGUAGCAGAAGAUACUGAUCUGCAUGGUGUAGUAAUAUUGAGUAGUGCUCUGAAGGAGAAAGUGUGAACACUUAAAGCUGCCUCUGGAAGUGCAGGAAACCUUAAAAUCCAUACUAGCAAAAAAUGCACAUGGAGCAACAUGCUGCUUUUGACUUAUGCAACUGUUUGCUGAGCCUCUUCCGAAAACUAAUGAUUGUGCACAAAUGUAUUCUCUCCAGUUCCCUAGGCGAAAUCAGACUCUUGCAUAUGUCAGGUUUUAUUUUUUUAAUUAUGAUUUUACUACAUUUACACUUGAGGUCUUCUGUUUUUGAUAUCAAGUCUUGCACUAUUUCAUACAUUUCUGGGAGACAGAUCUCUUGUGGCGCUUAUAUAUAUAUGUAUAUAUAUAUAUAUAUAUAUAUAUAUAUUAUUUUAGAAGUAUUACAUCUGUAAUCUGUUACCUGGAUGUAUUGUACUUGAAUUCCUUAGCAUACAAUGAAAUGUGGACUGACUUUUAGCUACAUUCCAACCUCAGUGGUAAAGUUUGCAAGUAGUUGUGUUUUUGUUUUUUUUUCUUAUUUUGUUCUCAAUUUUUAUUUUAUAUUUUUCUGAUGGUGAACCCCAGUCAUAAUCUGUAACUGCAAACGGAACAGGACUUGCGAAUAAGUGUAACAUACCAUGCUAGAGGAGUAUUGGAGCCAUUAAACUUUCAUGUCUGACUUAUGUUGGUAUACCUUGAAUAAACCUUUAUUCAUCGGAGACGUUUACCUGGUGAUUGUUCACCUAAUUUACUAUGUACAUUUAAUUGUUGUCUUAAUCUUUCAGUAAAUGUACCUCAUCCAACAUGGUGGCAGUUUCCACUUUCAUUAUUGUGUGGGGCAGUUAAUUUGUUUAUUGUAAUAACCAAUCAUUGCACUUCUGUUUCAGCACAUUUGGCGUACUAUGAUUAUCUAGCUGUAGAAGACAGUGGUGAACGAUUUGCCAUCUUUAUUGCUGUAAUGUGUUAACAUUAUGUCAGUAGAUUUUAGUCUUCUGGAGCGUGGUUUUUUCAUAUAUCUAUAUAUAUAUAUAUUUUUUUUUUUUUUACUUCAGUAUCCAUAUUCUGAAUGUGUUGAAAAUAACAGUCAACAAUAAACUACUGAUGUCUACAGCA